CGGCAAAUCCACCUUAAGUUUUCUUCUUGAGACAAACGGUGGUGAGAUCCGGUCUCUGGAGUAGCGGCGAGACCAACGUGACGGUGGUGUGGAAAGGAGUCGGCUUUUAGGGCUUACGGAGAAACCAAAUCUGAUUUUCCCCUUUCUAGAUCUCCGGUGACUCUGGUUCAGCGACGGCGCGUGGCCUCGGGAGACGUCUUCUCCACCGUGGAUCUAUGGUCCCUCACGACGGUGAGAUAAAAGGAGAAGGUUUGUGAUGGUGAGCUGACAGAGAAGGAUCUCCAGGUAUAAGUACCGGUUCUCGGAGAUCACACGAAUCACGACUCACGCGGACAAGGUACACAACAUGAGAUUACAUUAGCGGCGUUUCGUGGUGGUGGUUUCUAUUCCCCAGAGCAGAAAGCUACAACCAAUGGAUGGCACCGAUUCUCUAAAGCUCGUAUUAGGUACACCAACCCGCGCUUUUUGUAGCUGAAACCCGACUUUCAUUCGGAUCUCGUGUCCGUUUUAGGCUGAGGGUCACAGUGAUUGAAGACCAGCAGGAUGAGACUCCCUCGAUAAUGCACCUAUGGUGAAGAAGCUAAGUGACCAUGUACUUUGAAGCCAAGCUUUAGGAUCAUUUAGUUUGUUUUUAAUUGGUUCGGGGGUUGUUCUUAGUUCCGGUUGUGUUAGUAAACAUUGUUGUACCAUGAGGUUGAAUUUUAGGUGGUUGAAGGGGUGGAUUGCUUCGGGUCGUGGAGUGAUUUCAUCCCACUGUGGUUGAAAAAUACAAUGAAGGAUGUUAGGUUGCGUUGGUUCCAAGUAGUGAAUCAGGGUGGAACUAGACUACUUCAUUGUAUAUGUGGUAGAAAUCUUGUGUGGUCAUAAGCUUUGUAUUAAGAAUUGGUGAAAUGAAAUGUUGUUGUUGAGCCAAAAAAAAAAUAAAGUUGUAAAAAUAUCUCAUAGAGAGGUUUUUUAACAUUUUUAUUGUGAAGAAUAUCAUAUGAGAACUUAUAUAGUGAAGAUAAUACCACCGGUGAAAUUCAAAACUCAACAACCCCAUAUGAUAUUCUUUUUUUGUCAACUCAACAACCUCAUAUGAUAUGCAUGGCUUCAUGAAGAAGACUUGAAACUUUUUCACCUUCCCGAUAGCUAAUAUCACAUCUUGCCCGUACACGUGGACCCAAACCCUCCUUCGCUGAAUGGCUGAUACGUCUACCCUUCCGCCGUUUAAUUACUUGUUCCACUAAGUCAUAUAUAUAUAUACUCUCGCUUCUCUUCUGUUUCGUGAUCAUAGAGACGCAGAGCAGAGAGGUUCGUUUCGUCUUCUUCUUCGUUUCUACACUCGAUUAUAAUAACUAAGGGAGUGAGAUCAUUGGACUGCGCAAUGUCGAGUUUUAAUCAGAACGGUGACGCCAAGAAUGCUGAUACAUCGGACGAUAUUGAUUUCUCAAAGUUGCUAGAGAAGCCAAGGCCGUUGAAUAUGGAAAGACUGAGAUCACUUGAAGAAAGGUCUCUGACUGAACUAUCCACCUCACCACCACACCUUAGGAACGGGGAUAACGCUUCUGCUUCUCGUCUCCAAGAUCGCGCGGAUUGUGUGGUUUCGCCUAGCGUUGGCUUCAAUACACCUCGGUCGCUGGCUGGAUUUGAGUCUCAUCCGAUGGUGGGAGAGGCCUGGGAUGCUUUGAGAAGGUCUUUGGUGUACUUCCGUGGACAGCCCGUUGGGACAAUUGCUGCAGUGGAUAACUCGGAAGAGAAACUUAACUAUGAUCAGGUGUUUGUGAGAGACUUUGUACCAAGUGCUUUAGCAUUUUUGAUGAACGGAGAGCCGGAUAUUGUGAAGAACUUCCUUUUGAAGACUCUUCGUCUUCAGUCAUGGGAGAAAAAGAUUGAUAGGUUCCAGCUUGGUGAAGGAGUGAUGCCUGCUAGCUUCAAGGUUUUUCAUGAUCCCGUUAGAAACUAUGAGACGUUGAUAGCUGAUUUUGGGGAGAGCGCGAUUGGAAGAGUGGCGCCGGUUGAUUCUGGGUUCUGGUGGAUUAUUCUGCUCAGGGCCUACACCAAGUCUACUGGAGACUCUUCUCUUGCUGACAUGCCUGAAUGCCAGAAGGGUAUACGGCUGAUACUAAGCCUGUGUCUCUCUGAGGGGUUUGAUACUUUCCCCACUCUCUUGUGCGCUGAUGGUUGCUGUAUGAUUGAUCGUAGGAUGGGAGUUUAUGGUUACCCGAUAGAGAUUCAAGCUCUUUUCUUCAUGUCCUUGAGGUGUGCCUUGCUCCUACUCAAACAUGAAGGAGAAAGUAAAGAAAUGGUGGAACAGAUAGUGAAGCGACUUCAUGCGUUGAGCUACCACAUGAGGAGCUACUUUUGGCUAGACUUGAAGCAGCUUAAUGACAUUUACCGAUACAAGACGGAGGAGUACUCUCACACUGCUGUCAACAAGUUCAACGUGAUCCCUGACUCUCUUCCAGAAUGGGUCUUCGACUUCAUGCCGCCUCAAGGAGGGUUCUUCAUCGGCAAUGUUAGCCCCGCGAGAAUGGAUUUUCGUUGGUUUGCUCUGGGUAACUGUAUAGCCAUAUUGUCUUCCUUGGCUACUCCUGAACAGUCGACUGCAAUUAUGGAUCUAAUAGAAGCUCGCUGGGAAGAGCUGGUCGGAGAAAUGCCACUCAAAGUUUGCUACCCUGCAAUAGAAAGCCAUGAAUGGAAGAUAGUAACUGGCUGUGACCCCAAAAACACUCGAUGGAGCUACCACAAUGGAGGGUCCUGGCCAGUGCUACUAUGGGUACUGACGGCUGCUUGUAUCAAAACGGGGCGACCUCAAAUAGCAAGACGAGCGAUUGAAGUAGCGGAAGCUAGGCUUCAUAAAGACAACUGGCCUGAAUACUAUGAUGGAACGGUGGGGAGAUACGUGGGGAAACAAGCACGUAAAUGCCAGACGUGGUCAAUCGCUGGAUACUUAGUGGCCAAGAUGAUGCUGGAAGAUCCGUCACAUGUCGGUAUGGUUGCUCUCGAGGAAGAUAAACAAAUGAAACCCGUUAUGAGAAGAUCCAACUCCUGGACUUGUUGAAAAGUUUGAUCAUGGUAACGUAGGAAAAAGAUGAGCUAAUGCUUUAUUCGUUUUUUCAAAUUCCACAUUUACCUAUUUUGCUUUGUAUUUUUAGACUAUGAGAGAUUUAAGCAUCAUAAAAAAGAUUUCAUCU